AUGUUUGAUCCCAUCCCGAACCAAUACUCCGCACCUGCACUGAAAUUGUUCCUCAUUCAGAAGGGUCUGACAGAGGGGAGGGCGAUAAGCACAAUGUGGGGCAUGUUCUCAGCAUUCAAGGAUCUGUGCAAGGGCGAGAUAUUCUGUGGGCCAUAUCACUGCAAUGAGGUGACUGGAGUUGUGACAGGGAACCCUGCCUUAUCAGCCGCAGUGCAAGAUAUGAUGGAGAUCCUCAAGAAUAAUGAGGGUGCUGAAGGCAGUACAAGAAACCAUGCAUCAGCAAUGACAAUCGAGGACAUGCAAAAGCUCAUGUCCUUGUCCUAUGACCAAUGUACUGACAAGCUUCGCCACCUGAUGGUCCAAGCUUUCUCGAUGACUGGAUUUACUAUCUGGACAAAUCGCAAGGGCUGGCAGCAAAAAGGGGAGACUGAUGGUGUACUCGAAGGUCACAAAUACAAAGUCUAUUCCCAGCCACAUACCCCAGAGAUCUGCACCAAUGGUGUCAUCUACCCAACUGAUGAGCUGUCAUAUGAUGCCAUGAUGAAGAUGCUCACAUGGAUCUGCACAGAGGCAGUGCUGGUAUCUAGGUACACGAGUCACUGCUCCUGUCGAGGUGGUGCAAGGUACCGCUUUAUGUUUGCACCGCUCGGUCAGCACUGGUCACUGGCAACAAUAAGGUGGUGGGGGGCAUGGGCAGAAGGAGAGUGUGUUGACACCCUGAUUCGCUACCUCUUGGAUGAGCUCACCCGCUAUGAGAAGAACCAUCAUGAUGCCUUGUGCCCAAUUCCAUGCAAGGCUGAAAGAAGCUUCAAUGGGGACCACAUAUUUACUGCACCUGUCACUGCCACUGAAGCCUGGGAGCUGAAGAUGUCCUUUGACCGUCAGCUAGAUUCCCUAUCCGGCAAAGUUGAGGCUGUGUUGGACAAGCUCAUACUUGCCUCAUCAAAUCAAGUCAAAGUUGCAAAACCUCCUCUGGCAUCUUUGUUGCCUGCCAUCCCACCAGCCCAUGCUCACAAUACUCAUGGUUGUGCAGGCAAAGCUGCACCCAUUCCAGGCAUCGGCAUUCCUCACCUACCAUGUGGCCCAGAUGCAUGGCACAUAGCUGUCAAGCAGUGGGAAGAUCCAGCUGCCUCCAUUGGCAGCAAGGCAUUGAAGGACUGGCCAGAGGACUGGUACUCUGGCGCAAUGUGUACCAUUACCAGUGUGAAGCGCAACAUGCGCAAAGUGAUUGCACUUGAGUUCAACCAGAUGGGGAGCGAUGAAUUGGCAUUCCUGGUAGCCUACCCUAAGGCAAGCCAUGGUGCAAAGCCACUUUUCAACACGAUCCAGCACAAAUGCGAGGAGCACAGUGAGCUAAUCGGUCAGAAGAGCAAGAACAGCCACCCAAAAGACCGUGUCGCAUCAGCAACCACUCCAAGCUCAAGCACCCUCAGUUGA